UAUGUAGGGAUGUGAAAUAAAAAAAUUAUCUUUGAAAAAACAAUUUUUCGUUAGUAAAUUAUUAAAAUACUUUGAAAGAACUUUCCAAUGGUGUAUAAAUUAUGAAUGUAAGUUAAACAAUUAGAAAGUUAUGAUUUUUUUGGUGGCGUUUUGACCUAACAUUGGUUGACAUGGAACAACGAAGAUGAGAGCGUCUCGCUCACUAAGCCAGCGAGACACACCCCCCGCUCAAAAAGUUAAAAAGUUGGAAUUGAGUUUCGUAGAGGAUAAAUCUACUUAUUAAAUAAGAAAUUUAAUAGUAGAUCUAGUAUUAUAAGUAAAUUUCUAGCUCACAAAUCUGAUUUCAUUUAUUUUUAUAAUUAUGAACUUCAAUUGUUUAGAAUGUAAAAAUUGAUAAAAUAAACAAAUUUUCGGGUCUAGAGCUACAAGAAAUGUCUGAGGGGUGUGGACAAAAUGGCGACGUUGUGAUGGGAGAAAUUAACAAAAUAUUUUAAAAGUGGGAUCAAAAUCGUCUGAAACAAUAUUUUUCAAAUGCCCUUUAAAAUUAUAAAUAAAAUAGAAGAAAUAAAUUAAACUCUUUAAAAGCUUUUUAGACCAAUACAUAAUUGCUAUAUCUACUAGCCUAGGCAAGAUUUAAGUCAUAAAAUAGUUUACUUUUCAAAAAAAGUAAAAAAUAAAAAAUCCCAUAGGGAGCAGUGCAAAUUUAAGUUUCAUCAUUAUAAUCGAUAACAAUUGAAAAAAUAAAGUAAUCGUGAUAAAACUUGGUAGAAAUAAGUGUUCCUUAAUAUAAAAUGUAUCUAUAUACAACUCUUUUAGCUACGAUUUCCAUGGAUUUAAAAUCAUAAUCGAUUUCAAUUAAGGGCCUAUGUACAGAAAGUAAGAAAAACCCAUCUCAAAAUUUGACGCCAUUUUUUAACUUCCGGUUUUACGGAUUUUCAGAUAUCUAUAUAUUUAUACAGUCAAGAUAAUAAUAGACUAAAAGUAAACUCAGUAAAGACCUCACCCAGUCCGAGGCUCAGUGACAAUGAUUGAGUGACAGUGACAAGAAAUAGUAAUUAGACUAGAUCUAUAUAUAGUUUAACUCUGUUAAACUCUUGCUGAAUCUCUUGAUCUAGAAUCUAGGUCGAGUCUGACCCUGGGCAAUGAAUAUGAUAAUCAUUUUUUACUUUAUUUACUAGAUCUAUAUAAAUUUUAAAUCAUUCUUUGACACUAGCUACCGAUUCUGUGACUAAAAGUAUUCACAAUUCACACUUAUCAGUGACAUAAGUAAAGUUCCCCUUUAACUUUAAGACCCUGUGAUAUAUAGGGCAGAUGAUGUUAAGGCAUGUUAAGGUCAUCUGUUUUUUUGGCCAAUGGUUAAUGAGCAGGGUGGCAUGUGGCCAGCACAACAACCAACCUGUGGCUUUACUUUCCCCAACUGAAGUCAGGACCCAUUAGAGUUUGGUGGACUUGGGCACCCUAAAAAUCAUGAAAUUCAAAGUCCCAGUCUUCACAGAGAUUUGAACCCAGAACCCCAGGUUUGGAAGACAAGUGCUUAACCACUCAGCCACUGGGCCUCCAAUCAGUAACUAAAUACACAUUAUCAUCAAAUACACCUAAUACUAAGCACUAUCACUAAUGACAAAAGCAAACACACAAAACUCUUUAAGGAAUAUAUAUCACUAUGUGAGAAACUUUUUUGUAUGGCUCUAAGACCUUACACUUGCAAGACCAUCUUACAAAUAACCACAUUCCGCUGGAUGCCAGUGUGGAUAGUAUAGAAGCAAUACAAUUUCACAGUUGCGCUGGGUUUGACACAUCGCAUGGGGGAUGACUGCUUGCCAAAGAUGAUAUUUUUUUGUUGAGCUUAAAUGUUUGCAAAGCAUAGGUCCCCCUUGCAAGUGCUUUAAAGAUUAAAUUAGACACUAUUUUGCAUAAAGUAUCCGGCAGCAGAUGGUCUCUGAGACAGUUGGAGUGCUCUCAUAAUGAGCAGGACACACAUUUGAGUCCCAAGGAAAAGUCCUUGCUAAAGAUGAAUGCAAAAGACAAAAAGAAAACUUAGGUAGACCCAUGGCAGACAAUAACUUUGUCUGCAUUAGAUGUGACAAAAUAUGUAUGUUGCAACUGGGUUUACAGUCACUUGAAACACUGCACUUAUCCUUAAGGGGGGAAUGGUACUCAAAAAAGUAAAAAAUGAUGAUUUAAAAAAAAAAAACAAUUUUUCAAAAAAUGCAUUUUUGACGAUUAACCUCUUAUAAACACAUUCUAUUAUUUAAAUUUAGGUUAUUAUAAUCUUAUUAUUGCAUAAAAUGGACUUGAGCAACAUAUGUCAAAUAAAAAUAUUCUAAAAUUUUCUAUGUGCUUCCAAAAAAGACCAUUUCUAGCCCUUAACAACGCCCAUUCAUAAGGCAUCUACGACGCCAUGUUUGGUCUCAUUUUUUACAGUAUCCUAAUGGCUUUCUUGUUGACCUAUUUUCCUAUUUAUUUUUGUACCUCACUAAACUAGAAAAUAAAUUUGAAAUACGUCACUGUUGAGUAAAAUCUGUAAUUUCAUUGGUCACAAUGAAAUAGGUUAGCUAUAUUUAGUACAUGACAUCAGGAUCCUCUCGACUGUGGACCACAAUGCAUCACUUCAUGUUUACUUUUAUCCGCCAUCUUGAGCCUUCUUAUGCUUUGGAUAACUCACACAUUUCAAGCUAUUCAACUAUUUUUUAACUCUUGCUUAUUUUCUAGUGCAGCAUUUUUAUUCAGCAAUCAGAAAAAGAAUUAUAAGAAAAUGGGACCCACAAAACAAGCAACACUUCGUCAAUCUAAAAGAAAUGUUAGCUCCUAGAAAGCUUCUAACAGAGAAGUAAUGGCUAAAGCAAGAGCUGCCAAACUAGCCAAGAGAGAUACACCACAACAAUUUGCUACACCAGAAGCUGAAUUUAGUGGCAGUAAAGAGACUGAAAUCCCAGUAAAAGAGUCUGCAUCUAAAAGAAAAUUAGACUUUUUUGGGGCUGACACACAAGAGCAAGCAAAUCCAAAUGGUCCAACAUUACCAGCAUUUGCAUUUAUAGACACUGACAUUUUGCAUACCUUUAUUGGCCAAAUAGGUUGUGAAUUUUGUUCAAACAAACUGACACUCAAAAUGGAAAAGAGAACUGCAUCAGUUUUUAUGUUGAAAGCUAAAUGUUUGCACUGUGAAACCCUUCAUGCCACAGACGCAACUUCUAAAUCUAUAGUUGAUUUCAAACAUUAUGAAAUUAACAGACGUCUUGUAGCGUCAUUUCUAAACAUUGGCUUGGGCUAUGCUGGCAUGGAAUCAUUUUGUGAGGCACUAGGCAUUGACUCGAUGACCAGCAAGACAUAUAGUGCCCAUUUAAAAUUUAAUUAUGAAAAUAAAAAUAAAACUUUUAUUGAGGACAUCAGAGCAAAGGCUGUUGAAAAAGUAAGAAGUUUUUACGGAGCAACAAGUAAGAAGAUACUAUAGACAUUACUGUUAGUUUCGAUGGUUCAUGGCAGAAAAGGGGCCACACAUCAAAGCAUGGCCUUGGAGUUGUUAUAGAAACUACCACUGGAUUGGCUGUUGAUUUUCAUGUGAUGUCAACAUAUUGUCAGAAAUGCUCAACAACUGGCAAAAACAUGUUAAAGAGAGGAAAAGCAGUUUACGAUGAAUGGUUCAAGAGGCAUGAGCUGGACUGCACUAUAAACCAUUCUGGUUCUUCUGGCCUAAUGGAGGUCAAUGUUGCAAAAGUGAUGUGGCUACGUUCACAAAACCUUGGCUUCCGCUACACCACUUUUGUAAGUGAUGGAGACUAUAAAACGUACAAAGAACUUCAGUCUCUUGCACCUUACAGUGUCCCUAUAAAAAAAGAGGAAUGUAUAAACCAUGUUUCAAAACGGCUUGGUACUGCACUCAGAAAUCUAGUGACAAAUGAGGCAAAAUUAGGCACGACUCUUGGUGGAUGCAAGGCUGGUAGCUUAUCUCAGGUGACUGUAGCUUAUCUCAGGUUAAAAUCAAUCUGCUCCAGCGCUAUUACAAAAAAGCUGUGUCAAGCAAAUGCUCUACCACAGAGAAACUCUGGAAAAAAAAUUAUGACAACGUUUAAUCAUGCAUCAUCAACAGAUGAAAGGCCACAGCAUGAUUGUUGUCCCACUGGAAAAAUGUCCUGGUGUUUUUGGCAAAGAGCUUUGGCUCACAAGCUUUCUCCACCAUCUCAUAAGGGUAAGAGCAGCAGCUUUAUCUCGCAAAAUGUUGCUGACAAAGUUAGACCCAUUUAUGAGCGUCUGACAUCAGACAUUCUUCUUGAGAGGUGUUUGGGAGGCAUGGCACAAAAUGCCAAUGAAAGUAUACAUUCCAAAAUAUGGGCGCGUUGCCCUAAACAAACAUUUUUGGGCAAAAAAAGAGUAGAGAUUGGUACAGCCUUGGCAGUUUCUGAGUUCAAUUUCGGUAGUUUGGGCUUACAUAAAUUUUUAUGUCCAAUAUUGGUUGCCCCAUCAAAAAUACAUCAUUGUUGAAAGCGAAAAGAAGAGAUGCCAAACGUGUAUCAAAGUCUGAAAAAAAGAAAGUGUAGAGGCAAAGAGAAGAAGAAAAGAAAUAGUUUCAGCACAAAUUAUUGCCCAGCAAGAAUAUUUCCGUUCAGAGGGUGGCCAUAGUUAUGAAUGAGAGUGGUAAAUAUUAGGUGGAAGGGGGGGGAUUUAACCAAUUUUUAUAUUUUUUUUAGCAUUUUAAUAUCUUUUUUUCUUACAUAUUAUUGAUAUUUGUUUAUUAUAUCUUUGUGUUAAAAUCAUUGCAUCUAAGUGUGAUUUGUCAUACAAAUAUUUUACAUUAAAAUUUCUAUGUACCUGUAACUUGUAUGUCUGACGAAAACUAAGAAAAAAUAUUUUUUUUAAGUACUUAUCUAAUAUUUAUAAAGGAUAUGCCACACUCAUUUGUAUCCAAUUGCUACAUCCAAUAAAUUUAGCCUUUUAAAAAAUUAUUUCAUUUAAAAAAUGUAAAAAAAAAAAUAUUUUUUUUUUAACUGUGUUCAAGGUAUAUUUGUUAAUGUAAUAUGUUACUAUUUUUCACCAAGUUUAUAUUUUCAGAUUUUGUAACUUGUAAAAUGUGAGUAAAUGGCACUUGUUUUUAAAAGUAUAGUUUCGUAUCACCUAAGCUGUUGUAAUAAAUAUAUAUUUUGCUUUUAAUUUUUGUUUUUGUGUUUUCUCUAUUAUGUGAAUUCAUCGAAUGUGAAUUUGUUAGGAUCAAAAUUUUUCAGAGAUGAUCUAUCGUAUUAGGUUCAAAUUUUUACCACAUAUUUGAAAUAUAUAGUUCUACAACAUUUACAGACAGUUUUGUUAAAUACUGAGAAACAAAAAAGUUAUAACAAUGCAAAAAUGGAAAAAAAAAAAAAAAAUAUUUUUUAAAAGCAUAAAAUUUCAAAAAUUCUAAAAAAAAAAAUUCUUAAUGUAUUUGAAUUUUGAUCAAAACAUUUUGUUCAAAUUCAUAUUAUAAAUAAUUGUGGCAAGUUGCAUUGAAUUCUUGCAGGUGGUUUUUGAGAAAUAUUGCUUUUUCAUAUAUAUACAAAAAUUUGUUAUUUUAAUGCAAUUUUCCUCAUCAGUCAAUUUUUUUUUUUUUUCUGGUUUGAUUAUUUUUUAGCUCAUUAAAUAAGCUUUCUAUCUAUAAAACACUUAAAAACAUAAAAUAGCUAAGUUUUAAAAAAAAAUGCAUUUUGACUACCAUUCCCCCCUUAAUCUUAGGUAUUGAAGACAUGGCCAUUCAUUCAUAAUAUUAAAUAUAUUGUUAGAUCUAUCUAUAUAGUAAAUGAACAAUCGUAAGACAAAUUACCUCUUGGAUAAUAGAGAUUUAUUAUUAUUAUAAUUGUUAGACUCUUACUCAGUUUUGUCUAUAUCUAUUUGAGUGUGUGUUUAUUUGGUGAUGUUAAAGUACAUUUUACAGCAAAUUUUUUUU